AUGAAGGUUAUCAGAUACGUCGUAAAAGACUACUCCUUAGAAAAAGAACAGGAAGAAGAAUGUACAGCAAUGUCAUCCAGUUUUCCUAAUACUGCUCUGCAAGGUAAAAAGAUGGCCUAUCAGAAGGUCAAUGCAGAUCGAAGAACUCCGGGACUUUCACAGUACCUAGACAAUGAUGACCUCCAAGCCACUGCCCUUGACUUAGAGUGGGACAUGGAAAAGGAACUGGAGGAGCCUGGUUUUGACCAGUUCCAGCUAGAUGGUGCUGAGAAUCAGAACCUGGAGAAUUCAGAGACUGCAGACCUCAAUCUUGAUCCCGUUCAACCAGCAACUUCACCCAAAGGAAGGUUUCAGCGACUUCAAGAAGAGUCUGACUAUGUGACCCAUUAUACAAGAUCUGCACCAAAGAGCAACCCCUGCAACUUUUGCUGCCUUUUAAAACUAUUUUGCACAGCAAUCAUUUUAUUUAUUUCUGGAAUUUUGAUAGGCUAUUACACACAUAAAAAUUGCUCUUCAAAUGCUACGUCUUCAGGAACACUUGAUCUUCAGUUACACCAAGAGAUUCUCAAGACAAUCCAAGCAGAAGAUAUUAGGAAGUCUUUCAGAAAUUUGGUACAACUGUACAAAAGUGAAAACGACAUAGAAAUUUCAAAGAAGAUUAAGACUCAGUGGACUUCUUUGGGCCUAGAAGACGUACAGUUUGUAAAUUACUCUGUGCUGCUGAAUCUGCCAGGCCCUUCUCCCAGCUCAGUGACUCUAAGCAGCAGUGGCCAGUGCUUUCAUCCUAAUGGCCAGCCUUGCAGCGAAGAAGCCAGACGACACAGCAGCCAAGAUCCGCUCUACUCAUAUGCAGCCUAUUCUGCCAGUGGAACUCUCAAGGCUGAAGUCAUUGAUGUGAGUUAUGGAAAUGCAGAUGAUUUAAAUAGGAUUAAAAAAAUGAAAAAUGUCACAAAUCAGAUUGCACUCCUGAAAUUAGGAAAACUGCCACUACUUUAUAAGCUUUCCUUAUUGGAAAAGGCUGGAUUUGGAGGUGUUCUUCUGUAUAUUGAUCCUUGUGAUUUACCAAAGACUGCAACUCUUAGCUAUGAUACCUUUAUGGUGUCUCUGAAUCCAGGAGGAGACCCUUCUACACCUGGUUAUCCAAGUAUUGAUGGAAGCUUUAGACAAAACCGAUCAAACCUCACCUCUCUACUAGUGCAGCCCAUCUCAGCAUCUCUCGUUGCAAAACUCAUCUCUUCGCCGAAAGGUAGAAUCACACACAGUGCCUGUAGCCCUCUAGAACUUCCAAAUAAUGAGGAAAGAAUUGUCAGCAUGCGAAUUCAGACAGUCACAAAAUUUGAAACAGUUACUAAUGUUGUUGGAUAUUUAAAGGGCUCGACAUCUCCAGACCGUUAUAUCAUAGUUGGCAGCCAUCAUCAUACCGCAUACAGUUAUAAUGGACAAGAAUGGGCCAGCAGCACUGCCAUCAUCACAGCUUUUAUCCAGGCCUUGAUGUUAAGAGUCAAGAGAGGGUGGAGACCAGACCGCACUAUUGUUUUCUGUUCAUGGGGUGGAACAGCUUUUGGAAAUAUUGGCUCGUAUGAAUGGGGAGAGGAUUUCAAGAAGGUUCUGCAGAAGAAUGUUGUGGCUUAUGUUAGUCUCCACAGUCCUGUAAGCGGUAACUCAAGUCUCUACUCUGUAGCUUCACCAUCUCUUCAGCAACUGGUAGCUGAGAAAAAUAAUUUCAACUGUUCCAGAAGAGGUCAGUGCCCAGAAACAAAUAUCAGUUCUGUACAGAUGCAAGAUGAUGCCGAUUACUUCAUCAACCAUCUUGGAGUUCCCACCGUGAGGUUUACUUAUGAGGACAUCAAAGCAUUAGAGGGUCCAAGUUUUCUCUCUGAAGGCUUUUUCCCUAAACGUGCAACAAAAAUUGAAGAAAUGGAUCCUUUUUUCAAACUUCACGAGACCAUUACCAAGCUCUCAGGAGAAGUGAUUUUACAAAUUGCCAACGAACCAGUUCUGCCAUUUAAUGCUCUCGAUAUAGCUUUAGAAGUUCAAAACAGCCUUAAAGGUGAUCAACCCAACACGCCUCAACUGCUAGCCCUGGCCUCACGCCUGCGGGAGAGCGCUGAACUCUUUCAAUCAGAUGAGAUGCGUCCUGCUAAUGACCCCAAGGAAAGAGCUCCCAUCCGUGUGCGGAUGCUGAAUGAGGUUCUCCAAGACAUGGAGAAGAGCUUCCUGGUGCAGCGGGCACCUCCAGGGUUUUACAGAAAUAUCCUGUACCACCUUGAUGGGAAGACAAGCCAGUUUUCAAUACUCCUGGAGGCUUGGGAACACUGCAAGUCACUUGCAUCAAAUGAGACCCUUCAAGAAGCCCUGUCAGAAGUAUUGAACAGCAUUAAUGCAGCUCAGGUUUACUUCAAAGCAGGACUUGAUGUGUUUGAGAGUGUCUUAGUUGGAAAGAACUGA